AGCCGUGCCAACACAAUCUGAGAGCGCUGCCCUCCCGGAGCGGCGUGGACCCUUGCCAUGGUGAAGCGGCUGCGCAAGGGCGGCGGCGACCGGCCCAUGGCGUCCCGGGAGAUCGACCUCGCCAAGCUCGACAUCCACCACCGGGAAUCGCCCGGAUCCUUCGGCAGCUUCUGCAGCGCCACCUACAAUGGCAGACAGGUCCUAGCUAAAGUAUUGGAGUGGGGAGAAGAUGGCUUUAUGACAGAGGCUGAAAUUUCUACUCAGAGCGAAGCAUUCAGGAAGGAGGUUGCUGUCUGGAAGGAGCUCAAACACCAAAGUGUUGCAAGGUUCAUCGGUGCAUCAAUGGAUACCACUGACCGUAGCAUUCCGGCCGAUAGCGGCGAGAGCAGUGCACCCAGAGAUCUGCCAGAGAGAGCCUGUUGUGUUGUCUUUGAAUAUCUCUAUUUAGGAUCACUGAGACGAUAUCUAUAUGCUCACAGGGCGAGAAAGAUCGGAUACAAAAUUGUGGUUGAGUUUGCGUUGGAUUUGGCCAAUGGACUGAGCUAUCUUCACUCGAAAAAUAUCGUGCAUCGGAAUGUCAAACCUGAGAGCAUGCUUCUUGGCACAGAGGAGGCGGUCGUUAAGAUUGCCGACUUUGGCUUCGCCUGUGUGCAGGCUAAGAAUCCGGAGGACAUGACAGGCGCACUCGGUUACAUGGCCCCGGAGGUUAUUGAGGGCAAGCCAUACGACAGGAAGUCCGAUGUUUACAGCUUUGGGAUAUGCUUGUGGGGGAUCUACUGCUGUGACAUGCCGUACUAUCCAGACAUGAGCUCGGUAGAGGUCUCGUUUGCUGUUGUUCACAAUAAUCUGCGACCCAAGAUCCCACGCUGCUGCCUGACCCGGUUGGCGAACAUCAUGAAGAGAUGCUGGGAUGCUGACCCUGAUAAGCGGCCCGAGAUGAAGGAGGUGGUGCAUCUACUGGAGGAUCUUGACACGACCAAGGGUGGGGGCAUGAUCCCGGAAGGGACGAACCCCGGGUGCUUCUGCUUUUUCAGACCCCGGCGUGUAGGUCCAUAGAUUUGUCUCCAGCAAGCGGCAUUGUGAUGGGGCUUCUGCAAAUGUUGCCACUAGUUUUGAAAUGUGUGGUGGUGUUGUUUACUACUCCAUCCGUUCCGAAAUGCUUGUUGUGGUUUUAGUUUUUUUUUUUUUGAGAACCUGUUGUGGUUUUAGUUUAGGGAGUACGAAUUUACAACCCUCGAAAGUUGAGGAAUA